GCCGAGAGGCUGGGAAAUGAUGGCUGAUGAAGAGGAGGAAGUUCAGCGGAUCGUGCGGAGACUGCAGGAACUGGUGGAUCAGCUCUAUUCAUUUCGAGACUGCUAUUUUGAGACACAUAGUGUUGCAGAUGCUGGGAGAAAGCAACAGGAUGUACAGGAAGAGAUGGAGAAGACUCUGCGGCAGAUGGAGGAAGUAGUGGGUUCUGUCCAGAGCAAGGCUCAAGUCCUGAUGCUAACUGGGAAGGCCCUGAAUGUGACUCCUGAUUAUAGCCUUAGGGCUGAGGAGCUUCUUUCAAAGGCUGUGAAGCUGGAGCCCGAGCUGGUGGAAGCCUGGAACCAGCUGGGUGAGGUGUACUGGAAGAAAGGGGAUGUUGCAGCUGCCCAUACCUGCUUCUCAGGAGCCCUCACCCAUUGUAAGAACAAAGUCUCCCUGCAAAACCUGUCAAUGGUGCUUCGCCAGUUGCAGACUGACAGUGGAGAUGAACAUUCUCGUCAUAUCAUGGACAGUGUUCGACAGGCCAAGUUGGCUGUGCAGAUGGAUAUCCAUGAUGGCCGCUCUUGGUAUAUUCUGGGGAAUGCAUAUCUUUCUCUUUACUUCAAUACUGGCCAGAACCCUAAGAUCUCCCAGCAAGCCCUCAGUGCCUAUGCCCAAGCAGAGAAGGUUGAUAGGAUGGCUUCCAGCAAUCCUGACCUUCAUCUGAACAGGGCAACGUUGCAUAAAUAUGAAGAGAAUUAUGGGGAAGCCCUGGAGGGUUUCUCUAGGGCUGCAGCGCUGGACCCUGCCUGGCCAGAGCCCCUGCAACGAGAGCAACAACUUCUGGAAUUCCUGGAUAAAUUAACCAGCUUCCUUGAGAGCAAGGGAAAGGUAAAGACCAAAAAGCUGCAGAGCAUGCUGGGAAGCUUGCGCCCAGCCCAUCUGGGCCCUUGUGGCGAUGGGCACUAUCAGUCAGCCUCUGGGCAGAAGGUGACCCUGGAGCGAAAGCCAUUGAGUGCUCUGCAGUCUGGUGUGAACAGUGGUGUUGUAGUCCUGGGAAAGGUCGUGUUUAGCCUUACCACAGAGGAGAAAGUCCCCUUUACGUUUGGCCUAGUAGAUUCAGAGGGACCUUGCUAUGCAGUUAUGGUGUAUAACAUGGUGCAGAGCUGGGGAGUGCUCAUUGGGGACUCUGUGGCCAUCCCUGAGCCCAACCUUCGGCUUCACCGAAUUCAGCACAAGGGAAAGGACUAUUCCUUUUCCAGUGUUCGUGUGGAGACGCCCCUCCUGCUAGUGGUGAAUGGGAAGCUCCAGGGCUCCAGCAGCCAAGCUGCUGCUACAGUGGCAUCACGGCCACAGUGUGAAUGACCUUUCCUCAUCCCAAGCUAAAGAGAGAGUGUAGGCGAGGAGAUGCGCCCAAGGAUUUAGCAGCUGGAGCAGCCACAUCCAGUGACUUAAUUGGAGUUGGGGGUGGCAGAGGAUGUUUUACAUGAAGAUUCGCCCUUCCUCUGCCCUGUAAGACUCUUCGUGUCCCUUCUGUCUCUCCUUCUAUUAUCAUGUUCAAGCUUUCUCCAGGGCUGCACACCCCCCUGGUUUAUCUCUUCUGCCUCUUUCAGUGCUCUCUAUGUUUUAGAAAAAGAGCAAUGAAUUGGUAGAAGUGUUGGAAUCUUACCAUGAGAUAGAGUCCCCAGGGUUCCUGUUCUUGUCUCCUUCCUGAGCCUCGAGUGUAUAUAUCAGUUCAGUAUUUAUUACUAAGGGAGGGGGGUUUAAUUUUUUAACAGUCUGUUUUUUGAGUAAUUUUUAUUUUUUGUUUUUAAGAUUUGGAUCCAUCCCUUCCUCUGGGGCUGGAACUGAAUUAAAUUCCUUUGGAAAAAAAUAAAUAACCUGUAGUUUGGUCUGCUUUAAUCUUUCCAGGCUUGGAUUCAUGGUUUUAGCAUCACUUUAAUCUGUUGGAGUAAUACUCUCUUUUUUCUUUAUGCAAAAUAGUUUCUUUCUCUUCCAGUUAAAAGACUUCUGGCAACAGAAAGCUGAGGGCAGGAAUGGCAGCUCCAUAAAGUCAUUGGGGACCAGCUUCCUUUUAUUUCCCCAUUUGGUCAUUCCUAGUGUUGGUCCCUGUCAUGGUCUAAGAUGACAGAGCUGUACAAUUCUACUAGUGUUACUAAGGUGAAAUACCAGAGAAAGCUAGAUAUUCAGUUUCAUUAGAUUCUAGUGAUGUAUGUGGCGACAGUUUCUCUUAAUAUCCUUAUGGAAAAAUGGGGAAAUAUGAGGUGGGACUAAUAACUAAUAACUAAUGGCUAUAACUAGAGAGUACAUAAUGGAUACAGAUUAAUUUGGAAGACUUCUAAUAAUGUGACUUAGUCUUUGUCCUUGGUCUAGCCCCAUUCAACCAUUUAUUAGUGACUUGAGUAUCGAUGACUCAUUAAAUUUAUAAAGAAUGUACAGCUCAGAGGACUACUCAGAGGAUGGAUAGUAGAAUAAGGAUCUUUUCCUUCUGAGGAAGCUAUAAGGGCUGGAUCUAACAGGAUAAAAUUUUUUUGAAGUCUAUUAUUUUGGUCACCAAAGCUAACUUUCUAAGAUAAAUAUCUUCAAUAUUAUAUAUGAAAAAUACUAGGGAUUUAGUAGAUGAGAUAAGGUCAGUAUGAGUAACCAGUGUGAUACAGUUGCAAAAACACUUCUUUGCACCAAUGAAUCUGUGACAGCCAGAGAGAAGUUUUAAUGCAGAGUCUGUCAGACCACACGUGGAGCCUUGUAUUCUGUUCUGGGCAUCAGAUUUUGAAGUAUGUAGCCCUAGAACAGUGAUCAGGAGCUGGGGCUGGGAGGUGGGAAUGGGGGUGAGGAAUGAACAAACAUCUUGAGAAAUGACUAAAGUAGCUGGAGAGGAUGGCGGUGGGUGCAUGUAUGAAUGUUAGAGGUAGUAGGGAGACAAGAGACCCAAUACCUGUUACCCUCUUACUCCAGUCCUGAGAGGUUUUGACAUAUUCUCUGCAGGUCCAGAGGGUAGAAAAAUGACCAGUGGUGGAAACUAGUGAGAAACAAUACUUAAACAUUUUUUGAUGAAAUAUACUUCAAAAAAGUAUGCAAAAAAAAAAAAAAAAAAAAAAAAUAUAUAUAUAUAUAUAUAUAUAUAUAUAUAUAUUAUUUUUUUUUAAAGAAUACUUAGAAUACCCAUGACAUGUCCACUUGGCUUAAAAAUUAGUACUUUAGGAGCCUUUGUGUACCUUUCCAUGAUCUUGUCUCAUUCAUUUUCACAGUGGUAUAUCUCACUGUUUGAUUAUGCCACAAUUUAUUCAUCCUACUAUUAAAGAAUAUUUGGGUUGUAUUCCUUUUUUUUUUGGCUAUCAAGGCAAUGCGUUACUAAUAUUUUGUACAUGUCCCUGAUCCUCAAGUGUUAGUUUCUUUUACAGCAGUGGUUCUCAAAGAGUGAUCCCCAGCCAACAUCAGAAAUGCACAUUCUCAGGCCCCCACACAGGCUUAUUCCAUCAAAAACCCUGGAGGAGUUGCCCAGUAAUCUGUGUUUCAACAAGCCUGCCAGGUGAUUCUCAUGUACACUCAAGUUUGAAAGCUGCUGUUUCCGAGUAUUGUCUCAGAAAUGGAAUUGCUGGGUCCUAUAGUGUAUACAACUCAACUUUUUUGGGAAAUGCCAGACAUUUCCAAAGUGGGCAUAGCAAUUUAUGUUUCUACUAUCUGUAGAUAACCCUUCAUGAUCUCCCCCAACCUCUUCUGUGCUUGUUGUCUUACUUUGCAGGCAUUACAAAGAUAGGAGGUACAAAUAUUUCCUUGUGGCCUUCAUUUGCAUUUUUCUGACUAUUAAUGAGGUUGAGUAUCUUUUUGUGUAUCUACAAGCCACUAAUAGUUCUCUUUGGUAAAUGCCUAGUCACGUCUUUGCCCACUUUUGUAUUUGGAUUUCUAAUUGAUUUGUAGGAUUUUUAAAAUCUAUCCUGUACUAAUCUUUAAUCAGUUUAUGUGCCACAAACAUCAUCUAGCCUUUUUUUUUUUAAUCUCUUUUUAUUUUCUUUAUUGGAUCCUUUUCUGAACAGAAGCUCUUAAUUUCAGUGUCAUUGCAUUUAUCACUCUUCUUUUGUGGUUAGUGCUUUUUUUUGUGUCUUAAGAAGUACUUCCCUGUUGUAAAGUGAUAAAGACAUUUCCCCUUUCGUUUUAUGGUCUUAUCAUUUGUUCUUUUCUUACAUUGUGGCUUUUGAAAAUGUUGUGCUGUAUUAUCCAAAUUUUUUCCUAAUGAAUAAUUAAUUGUACCAGCUCCUUUUAUUAAAGAAUCCAUGUUUUCCCCAUUGA